AUGGGGACUGCUGAGGAUACUUUGAAGUGUCCAGUCUGCCAGGAUCUCUUCACAGAGCCGGUGACACUCCCAUGUGGACACAAUUUUUGUCUCACCUGCAUCCGGGUCGUCUGGGAUGCAGAUGUCUCCGAAGAUGGUCCUUUCUUCUGUCCAGAGUGUCAGAUUUUCCUUCCUUCCAACCUUACUCUGGAGGUCAACGUCAGCCUUCAGACUAAGGUUAGGGACUUCAGCAGUGACAAGACGGCAGCAACAGAGCUACAGACAACAGCAGCCACAAGCGAGACAUCCACUUCCACCCCAACUAUCUGCUGUGACCAUUGUAUACAGGCAGCAACGGUGGCUGUACGGACCUGCCUGACCUGUGAUGCCUCGCUGUGCCAGGCCCACGCUCUGCUGCACCAGCAGAGGUCGGCUCUGAAGGAGCACACAGUGGUGGAGGUGAUCGGGGACCCCCUGUCUCUGAAGUGCAGGAAGCACCGCGAGGAGUUCAAGUUCUUCUGCAUGGAGGAAAGGGUCCCUGUGUGCUGUUUGUGUGUCCUGGCUGGCCUGCACAAGAAUCACCAAGCUGCCCAGCUCCAUGAAGCCUGCACAGAUUUCAAGAGGUUUGCUGCUGAUUUCAGAGAGAGAAUCUCAGACAAGUACAGCAGAAUUCGUGUUGUGCUGGACGGUGAUGAGCGUCUUAUGAUGCAGAUCAUUGACACAGAGGAGGCGUACAUGACAGAGUGGCUGGAGACUCAGAGAGGCAUCAUGGAGGCCCAGAUCAAAGAGAUAGACAAACUCAGAGCCUCCAGUAAAUCACUCCUCCAGGAAACAAAUGAUCUCAAAUUUCUACAGGAGGUAGACAGAGAUCAGUGUGACCCUGAGAGGUUGAGAACAGUAGAGAGGCUGGUGGACGACCUUUCUGUGGCCCUGUCUCAACACUUCCCACGGAUAUGGUCACAUCUAAGUUCUCCUACUUUGGACUCCAAGACAGCACACCCAAAACUAGAAGUAUCCGAGGACAGGAAACAGGUGUACUGGAGCAGGCAGCCGAUGGGUGAAGCUCCAGGCCCUCAGCCGUACGACUCCCAGUACAGUGUCCUUGCUCUGGAGUCUUUUACUUCUGAACAGCAUUACUGGGAGGUCGUUGUCCAUGAGAAACCUUACUGGCUGAUUGGGGUGACCACUGGGCCAGUCGGUAGUGAAGAUGAACCGACACAAAGUCUCUCCAGCGUGGAUGUGAACAAGACCUCCUGGUGCAUCUACCAUGGAGACGGGCAGUACCUUGCAUGCCAUGAUACCCAGGAGACGCAGCUACCCGUUGGUGGGAAGCGAGUCAGAAAGCUGGGCAUUCUAGUAGAUCUCCAGAAGGGGGAGCUGUCAUUCUACAAUGCCGAUGCCUUGACUCUGCUUCACUGUUUCUCUGUGCAGGUUACAGAGCCGCUCUACCCUUUGCUUAACCCUUGCAUUGAUGUGAAUGGUCUCAACAGGCAGCCUCUCACCUUGUUUUGCCUUAAAGACCCCUGGGAUUGGCCUCUAAACACAAAUGGAGGUAAAGAAUGA